GGAACAAGAAUACCUUGGUAUGCAUUCAAACCAGUAACUGAAUCUGUAAAACUGCAAGAUGUGGCAAAACCGAACGUGUUUCAAGUGUACUUACCUGACGUUGGUAUUACUGAUCUGGGAGAAAUAUCAAGUUUUGGGUAUUACAUAAGACGGACGUCAUUUUUGGAAGUAUUUGAAAACGAUAAACCCGGCAGAUUGGCAAGAUAUCCUAAUGAGGGUUAUAUUAACAUUGACACCCCAGGUGAAGAUGGGAAAUCUUUUACAUAUGUGUCAGACCGACCAAAGACAUGGCAGAACGAGACAGAUAUAUGGUGUCAUGGAUUCUGGUACUGGGGUUGGGCUGAUAGAAGUUACAAAGUUACAGAGUUGGACGCGGAAAAGCAAUCUCUCGCAGUUUCGGACAGAGUUAUGUAUGGAUUAAGAAAAGGAUAUUAUAAUGAUGCUAAUCCUACCGAAGGUGGUUAUCAUAAACAAGGAGGACACUUUAGAUUUCUUAAUGUUUUAUCUGAACUUGAUACACCAGGUGAAUUUUAUGUGGAUAGGGUAAACCAGAUACUAUACAUAUGGCCAUACAAAAAUUCUAAGUACGUGUUUGGUGACGUAAUACAGACAUCAAUAAUUGAUACAUGUAUCAAAAUAAGCGACUAUUCAUCAAAUAUACUACUAGAAGGAUUAACGAUUGAGGCCUGUCGAAAAUUCGGAAUUGAAGCGAAACAAGUUGAGAACGUAGUAUUUUCUGAAUUGAAGAUUCAAAACAUAGGCUCGUAUGGUGUAGUAGUUGAUGGAAUACACGUAAAGAUUGACCGAUGUGAAAUUGAGAACACUGAUGGAGGAAUAGAUAUAUCAGGUGGAAUUCGGGAGACAUUGACCCCAUCAGGUCAUGUCAUCUCAAAUAAUGUCAUAUCAAACUUUGGAAGAGUCGGUUAUGUCGGAAGUGACGGCAUUAACCUUAAAGGAGUUGGUAUACAUAUUCAUCACAAUACUUUUGACAAAGGAUCUUACACAGGAAUUCACUGGGCGGGAAAUGACCAUACGUUUGAAUAUAACCACCUCUAUAAAAUGUGUACUACAGCUAGUGAUUGUGGUGCAUUUAUGGCAGGCCGAGAAUGGACAUGGAGAGGAAACAAGAUAAAAUCCAAUCACAUCCAUGGUACAAAACGUACGGUACCUGGUGCAGACAACAGAGGGAUAAUGUUAGAUGACCAGUUAUCUGGGAUACAUAUUGAACACAAUGUUUUUGUUAAUGCAAGCAAAUAA